AUGAGCAGGAUAGCAGUGAUGAGUGGCAAGGGAGGAGUGGGAAAGAGCUCCGUCUCCAUAAUGCUAAGCACGGUGCUGUCUGAAAAGGGAAGGACAUUGCUACUGGACUUCGAUCUGUGUGGGCCAAGCAUAGCUAGUGGGUUUGGAGCCAAGGAAAAUGUCUAUAAGGGAGAGAAAGGGCUUGUUCCGAUCAGAGUGUCGAAAAACCUGUAUAUUCUUUCGAUGGCGCUGCUUAUGAAGGACAGCGACUCUGUGAUAUGGAGAGGGCCAAAGAAGAUGUCUGUCCUAUCGAUGUUCUAUGAAUCCAUUGACGGCUUUGACAAUGUGGUGUUUGAUAUGCCACCGGGGAUAUCUGAGGAGCAUGGGUUUUUAAUUGGGAAAGACGUUGGAGCUCUGAUCAUCACCACCCCACAGAAUGUUUCCCUCGGCGAUUCCUCAAAGGCGAUUGACUUCUGUGCCUCAAACGGGAUCAGGAUUCUCGGGCUUGUUGAGAACAUGAGUGGAUACUGUUGUGAAUGCUGCGGAAGCUCUGUCAAUAUAUUUGGAUCGAAGGGAGGAGAAAGACUUGCCGAAGAAACGGGGAUUCCCUUUGUGUGCAGACUCCCGAUUGACUCCUUACUAUGUGAGGCAUUGGACGAGGGAAGGUUUGUUGAAAGAUGUGGGUCAAUAGAGGCCUACAUGAAGUUCAGAAAGGCGGUUCUUGGGCUGGCAGACAUUUGA